UGUGUACAGUAGCUUUCGUCCCUUGUUGUUUGUACAUUUUAGCCGCAAGCUGAAUUUUUACAAAUAUUAAGAAUUCGGUAGCGCUAUAUAUAUGCAAACCUGUAGGUUAUGAUCCAUUUGUACACAGUUGUGUUCGAAAGAUCAUUGCUGAUUUUUUAUGAGGAAGCGGGUUUGUUUGAAAGGAAAUUUUAGCCGACAUAAUGUUGACCUGCGUGGCACAUGGUUGUCUUACGAAUCAGGAUACGAAAGUCAACGGAAACGAUGUUCCGUUGUUUCCUUUCCCCGACGAUGUUGUUCAAAGAAGUCGAUGGCUGAAGAAUUGUCAAUUAGAUGAUAAUCCUGAAAGCAAUAGAUCACCAUUGUACAUCUGUAAAUUGCAUUUUGAAGAAGAGAGCUUUACAGAUUCUAUGAAGUUGAAGCCUGGUGCUGUUCCAACUAUUUCUGAUAAAGUAGAAGAAGGGCAGAGGAAACGUAAAGCAGACAAUACACUUGAAACUGGAUCACCUAAAACUAUACCACUGAAACAGAAGAAACUGGAUGAUGGUUCACAUAAUUUAGUAACACCACCGCAAAGUCCUUGUGCUCAACUCAUAAAAAAUGCUGAAGAAAUUAAUGGAGAAGAUAAAAUGGAUGUACCUGUUGAUAAUGUUUCAUUGAAUGGAUCUCCCAUUUUAAAGUCUGGAUUAUGUCAAACUAUAAAAAUAGGAAAGAAACAAUACAGACUAACCAUUCAGAUAGACAAAAUAUAUGGUAAACCAUGCCCUAGAUCUAGGAAACUUACAAUAUUAGCACAGUUGAAGAAAGAAAAACCACUUUCUAGAACUGUCAAUGAUACUGAUCAAAAAUAUAUCUCUGUACAAAAAAGGAUUUUUUGUACAAGAGGUGGAUGCAAAUUAAAAAAGGCUGUGUAUGAUUCAAAACCAGCAUUUCAGUGUGAACACUGUAAUAAGUAUUACAUAUUGAAAAGGUCUGGUACUUCAGGAGAGAAGAAUGUCUGUACUAUAUGUAACAAAGAUUUUCCAUCUGUACAGUCCCUAAACAGUCAUACUAAGACCCAUCUUAUAUGUGAUAUGUGCCAAACAGAAUGUAGCACACAAAUUCUAUAUGAUAAACACAUGAGAUUACAUGAUAGUUUAGAUCCAGUGAAUCCCUACAAAUGUCACCAGUGUACAGAAAUGUUUGAACUGCAAAAGGAUGUGAGGCAGCACUGUUCAAUUGUUCAUCCUGCAAUUAAAUUGCAAAAUACCAUUUUGCAAGUGACUACAUCGCCAUUGACGCAGCAAGUGCCUCAACAGCAAGAUUAUCGUUGUGUCAGUUGCAACGUAACAUUUAGGAAUGAACAAGCUUAUAGGAACCAUAUAAGUUCUCAUAAAAAGAAAGAAGGUUUAAGGUGCAGUAUUAGUGACACCAAUAAUGUAUUUCCAGUACCAAAUCCUUUAACCGGUAGUCAAAUAGGUAUACUUCGAGCUGUGAAAUUCAGUUGUAGAGUGUGUUCCAUGGAAUUCGAUAAUGUCGGCGAGGUCGACAAACACACGAGAACACAUUUAGAGGAAGACAACGAAGAGGAACGGAAGUGCAAUACAUGUAAAAAACAAUUCAAAACAAGCGCGCAACUCAGUGAACAUUUAAAAAUUCACGAAUUGCGUACGCAUUCUUGUCCUGUAUGCUCCAAAAGUUUUAUCAACAGAACGACUUUGAAAAUACAUUUAAAAAUGCACGGUGAAACGUAGGUCUUAGUAAUGAGAUUCUUCGUUACUGUUAGUACAGGUUUAACUCAGUUUCGAGUAGUCUUGGGAUUGUGCACUUCACCGUGUCAACGUUUGUAAUUUAUCGACAGUGAUGCGCUGUAUCAGCCACUAAAGGCACGAACAGUUAAAAACCCUUGUAUACUGUGUACAAAAUUGUUUGUUAACUUUAUUGGCAUUUGUAGCCAAUGUGGCGUGAA